GUAAUUAAAAUCUAAUAUUAUUGUAAGAUAUAAUCAUAAAAAGUUGUAAUUCACGUGCACCGGCAUACUAACAAGAAUACAUAUCUUCAUUGAUGAUUCAUACAGUUUUCUUAGUGAAUCAUAAAAUUCGUGUGUAUGUAAGUACACUAGAUAGCUUGCAUACGUAUGUAUAUUGUUUAGCUUUGCUUUCAUCAAAAAAUUAAUGAAGUCUGGAGCGACAUUUGGUACUUUGUCACCAGCAAGUGAUUAAAAUAAAAUACAACAUUAGAGUACUUAUGAAAGAAUUGUGAGAGAUUUAUAUAAAUAGAAUUACAUAGAUCAAAAUGCUCAUGGAAUAUUAAAAAAUUUCAGAUUAUCCGUUCAGUAUUAUCUAUAUCAUUAAAAAAGAAUUAUCUAUUAUUACAUUAUUAGAAUAAUAUAAUAUAAAUACACUUUUAUUUCAUUUUUUACACAAAAUUAUCUGCAAUUCAAAAUCUUAAUACAUGCCAUUGAAAAUUAAUAUUCUAUGGAUACAACUAUAUUCUAUAUUGAUCAGAUAACUUUCUUGAUAUUUAAUCACUCGCGAAAGAUGUGUAUGAAAUAUUGCCGUAUUUAUUACAUGUCCCGCCUUAUAAAAAGCUGACUCAACAGGAUGUAAGGUUUUUAUAACUACAUUUUAUUUCUAUGUCAAAAGAAAUUCUCCACAAUCAUACGUAAGAGGGUACAGACAACAUAAAACGCAAGUACUCAACUGUGUGUAUAUAUUCGUGUUGUCAGUCCCGUUACCAAGCAACAGAGGAAUCGAUAUACAAUAUUUCGUAUGCGAUUGUCGGUACCUUGUUCUCGUCAGUUAGCUUUUUUGUCUCAUACCCAAAUGUUCUUUUAUUUCAAAUCGAUUUCCUAUCAAGUGAUCAAUAUACUUGGCAGUAAAAACAAAAAAUGGCAUAUAAGAUACGGAAGCAAAAAAUUGCCGUCAAUUACAAAGUUAAAGAACCUAUAAGCAACUUUAAAAUAAGAGUCAAAAUCGUGCAGCAAAGGCCUUUGCUUGCAGAACUGCUCGAAAACGAAGGGGAUACCAGGGACUCGAAUUUUCUUGAAGAGGAGGAUCGUAUUUUUAACUGGCAGGAAAAAGUAUUUAGCCCGUUCGAACUAAGUUUUUACAGUGAAGAAACGAAUUGUCUGACUGAAUGUCAGAAAGUAUAUUACAGACAAAUUAAAGAGAAGAAUAUCGAAGGUUCUCAUCUUUAUACCUACACACAAAAUGAUUCUUAUUAUCUGGGUGACGAAUUGUUAACGAAACCUUAUAAGACAAAAUUGGCAAUUAAAAACCAAACUGCAUUGCCGGCCUUGCAAAAUCGUAAACCUUUCCUUGAAAGGUACAAUAAAGCGGUUAUUGAUGAUGCACCUGACGAAACAAGGAUUCGAACGAAUCAUUAUCUUUACAUGGAGCGUUCUACAAUGUAUGUCAUGGUUGACUUAUCUGAACGAGAUAAAAUCUUAACACGCUCCGACGAGAAUACGGAAAUAGUGCUGUUCACGAUCACGUAUAAUGAAUUGCAUAAAAUUCUGACGGUAAAUCCCGAUUUCACCGACGACCAUUAUUACACUAUCACGAAUUCCAGCGGCAUUCAAUUUAAUUAUUGGCUCGAGCAUGUUUCCGAGAAACAAUCGUCAUUGGAAUUACAGCAACAACAAAAUGAAUCGCGAAAAGAAAUUAAAGAACAUCUGAUGUACAAAGAAGCAGAAAUAUUUCACAGCUUUCAGUUAGCAUCACCAAAUGUAUAUAAAUUUUUUAUAAAAUUGGACAUUUUAUCAGCUCAUGAUUUCUUUUUUAAUGGACUUUGCAUUUCUUACUAUGUUGAUUUGCCAGAACAUUGGGACACAAGUCAAGUUGAUAGAUUAUAUGGAAGAACUCAAAGAUGUAAUUUAAAGAAUAACUCUGCGUAUUUUAGUUAUGCCUCUGAAAUAUCAUUAGAUUUUCAAUCUGCAACUAUGCUUGAUGCAAACAGUAUUUUACCAUCUUGGCCUCGAUUAUUACUAUCAGUUACAUCACUUGACAACUGGUUUAGAUAUCGUACAGAAGGUUACGCUGUUGUUCCUUUGCCUGUGUUACCUGGUUCAUAUAAAUUCAAUAUCCAAACUUGGCGACCAACAGGAAGUAUUAUUAACACCCUUAGAAGAUUUUUUACAGGUGGUACUUAUGAAUUGGAAGACAUAACUCACUGUAGUAUCCCAAAAGGACAUGAAGAUAAAAUGUUAAAUAAGUCACACCUAAAUGUUACACCAAGUGGUUACAUUAAGUUAAAUAUGAAUAUCAUCCAUCAAACUCAUGGCUCAAUUAAACAUGAUGACCACUUAAAUUAUUUUCAGAGAUUGAGUACAGAUAAACUUAUGACUAAUAUAGACAAUAUUUUUGAACAGUUCAAAGCAGCCAGAGAACGUAUGUUACAAAUAAAAAAUUUAAACAUUUAAUUAUGUAAAUUUAAAUGAUUAAUAAGCUAUAAAAAAGUGAUCUGUGAUAUAUUGUAAGUAGUAGGUAAAGAAUAAUCUGUGAUGCAUAAUAUUUGAAAAUAAACAUUUUUUAAUACAUUUGUAAAAUGGUGUAGAAUAUUAUAAUUUCUUCCAAUAAUCAUUAUAUAUCAAUUUAAAUGUAAUUUCAGGAUAUUUAUUUUUAACCUACAAAUAUAUUUUGUCAUAUAUUGAUUGAUAUAGUUAAGAAUUGCUUUACAUUCAUAAUACACAAUAUUAGAAUUAUUUUUUCUAUAUGUUUUUAAAUAAUAAUACACGAAAGGAAAGAUAAUAAAAUAAUUACAAAUAUAUACAUUCAAUACAACUAGUGAAUAAUAUGCAAAAUUAUAGAUAAAUAUUUAUUAUAAAAACAUAAAAGUUUAUUAACAUUCACCAAAAUGUACUUUAGCCUUUUCCUUCUUCUUUAAUUUUUCAAUAGCCAUUUAUAAAAUACCAAUUCUUACCAAUUAUAACUUGUACCAAGUUAUGUAAUAUAAUAUCAAUAUAUUUAUUUUGUUACAUUAAAAUAACAUUUUAGAAUUCUCUGUUACAUGUUUUCAAAUGUAACAAUGCUAUGUGAAAAUUAAAAGAGCGAGAAGAGUUUAACAUUUUUUCUGGAAAUCUGAUUAACAAUUAAAAGACUAGAGCAAAAGUGCAAACAUACAUUCUAUAAGCAUUUUAAUCAUUGUCUCUUUUUUGCAGCUUUUACUGCUUUUGCUUUUUGUUUCUCCCCACCAGAUAAGAAUGAUGUUAUUACUU